AUGAGGCACGCACGCAUCACGGUGGCGGUCGCCGUCGCAUUCGCCGUCCUCGCAGUCACCGCCGCAGCCUCCACGGGCGCCACCGCCGCCGGGAGGGGGAAGCAGCAGCGCGCUCCAGGCCCCGCUUCCGGCUGCAUCGUGUACAUCGUGAUGGUGAAGCCCCCGGCCGUCGCCGCCGACAGCGCGGCCUACCAUAUGGGCAUCCUCAUCGCCGCGGUCGGCAGCAAGGAGAAGGCCGAUGCGGCGUUGGUCUACAGCUACAAGAGCGCCAUCAGCGGGUUCGCCGCGAGGCUCACCCCCGCGCAGGUCGCCGUCCUCAGGAAGAACCCUGCCGUCAUCCGGGCGCAGCCUGAUGUCAAGUACUCCCUUCACGACGACCACAACAACAACAACAACAACCUCAACUGA